ACAGCAGUAUUUAUUUUUUAAAUAAAAUUUAUCUAGACGAAUACAAAAGUUUAUAAUGCGUCUGUACAAAAGCGUUAUAAUUUCGUUGUAUAAAUAUUGUAAAAGCAAUUCUUUCUGACACAUUAAUUUGUUAGUGCAAACUUUACAGAAAAAAUCAAUACUUUCAUGUAAUAUGCACAUAUGCGUACAUACAUACAUGUGCAUAGCGUAUUUAUUUUCCAAUUUUCGAACGUCAACCAAUAAUUUAUUUUACAGGACUUCAGAAUGCGGCAACAUGUAUACUGGCUAUUACAAUAACUAAACAUUGAAAAUAAAUACGUAAACAUAUGUUUUUAAACAAAAUGUAGGUGCAAUUUUAAUAUUAUUUAUCAGCAUACAGCAAUUAUGAAAAAUCGACAAUAGAUACUUAUAUUUGUUAUAAUAAAAUAAAUUUUUAACAAAACACUUUUCUGAACAGAUUUUCGUCAACUUUCUUUUUAAAGUCACAAAAACCAGGUAAGAUGCCUAAAUACGUGUUAUCAUAACUAUAUCAACAUUUUGAUUAAUGGCACGAAAGUGCAAGUAGUAUUUUGAAUGAAAACAAUUUUUAUAUGGAAUUUUUUCAAUCGGUGUCCCUGGAAACCAGGGCCGCCAUAAGAUUGGUUCAGAGUGUUUUUUGCAGUUUAAGCCUGUGGUUAACUAUUGUAAAUUUUUGAGCGCACUGUUUACAAAUACAGUAGUUUCUCGUUAUAUUGCCACCCUCACACGAAUUAAUUCACCCUAAUGGCGCUUCUUCACCAUCGACACGGAAUCCAUAGAGACCUCCACAAUAGGAACAGACAAAAUUUUUUAGUUAAUCCAAUAUAUUACUUAUGUCAGAAAUGUAGAAACUUUUGAAGUUAGAGAUGUUCAAGCUCCUAAAUUAACAAAUCAGAUUCUCUUUCAAGAAGCCAGAAUUGGUCAUACUCAGUGUGGAGACGUUGACACUAUUAGUAAAACGAAACUAUUUUGGACCCACCUAAAACAAAAAUUCUACUUACCAAUGAGUCUACUAUAUACAUAAAUAUAUUUAGCCCUAGAAAAAUUUGGAACCGGCUCCACAAAUGUUCGCGCCAGCCCUGCUGGAAACUUUCGAAUAUCGAGACCGCGUUCGAAACGAGGGGAAUAUAAUGGCGGUGGAGAAGCCCCCACCCUGACCUCGUAUGGAGAGACAGUCAAGGUGUCAACAGGCGAGGUCGAACAGAGUUUAAGCGAUAAUUUUUGUCUGUCUAUAUUUACACGUUUGUUUUACUAUUUAUCGCUUUGUGCUAGGAUAUAUGAAUUGUGGUAUUCAGGAUACAUGCUUUCAAAACAAUUGGCGUUUGAGAAUGCGACUAUUCAAAGUAUAGCACGGUGCAGAUUUUUUUGACGUGUAUGUGUGUAUACGUACAUAAUGUUUUGAUUCAAUCCCAGCUGAGGUUCUAUUGUAUCUAUUUAGUUAAAGAAUGAUCUUUGAUUUCGUUUAGAUAUGAUCCCUUAUAUGAGUUCUUUACGAUAUAAUUGCUCAAAAAAUAAUCCAAUGAAUGUGGAUGAUGAACUUUAUUGUAUCAAACAGUAGCGAGGCGAAUAUACUGUAAUGGGGUGGGCCUCAUCCACCACAAUAUGGAUUAUUAUAUGGAGUUGCCUAUUGCGGGGCUUCCAGUUAGCUCCGCAAACAUCUCCAAAACAAGUUCCAUGUGAUAAAACAAGAAAAGUUUUUACUGAAUCUUGGGGAAUAAUUAGCGAUGGACCCUUAGGUUCAAAUUAUACUCAAGACUCUCACUGUGAAUGGCUUAUAAAAGCUAACAACAGCCGUCAAUUUAUUACAUUGAGUUUUCGUACGAUGGGAACAGAAUGUAGCUAUGACUAUGUUUUCGUUUACGAUGGAGACUCUUUUCGAUCUCCACUUCUAGGUAGUUUCAGUGGCAAAACAGAACCACAACAAGUGACAUCAUCAUCUGGUUAUAUGUUGAUACUACUAUAUAGUGAUACAAAUUAUGUUCUGGAUGGUUUCCAUGCAGAAUUUUCAGUUACAAAUUGUCCAAACAAUUGUACAAAUCAUGGAAAGUGUAUUAAUAACACUUGCUUCUGUGAAAAUGAUUGGGGUGGAAGAGACUGUUCUAGAGCUCUUUGUCCAAAUAAUUGUAGUUACGGCGGAGAAUGUGGUUUAAAACGAUGCCAGUGCCAUAAUGGAUAUUCAGGACAGUCUUGCUCAUUACAUAAAACACAUCCUGAAGGGAACAAGUGGCAUUGGCUUUCUCAUUCAGAAGGUGGGCUAAGGCCACGAGCAGCACAUACAGCAGUGUAUAUAAAAGAAACUGAUUCUCUCUAUGUAUUUGGUGGAUAUGAUCUCAAUUAUAUACUCAGUGAUUUGGAAAUUUAUCGGUUCAGUACAAGUCAGUGGGAAAAUGAAUAUGGUGAUGUACUAGAAGGCCCCUCAUCUGCAGAAUAUUUAGAUCCUAUGCUGAUCGCUACCGAGUUAGAUCGGAUAGGAGCGGGUACAAAGGAACUAUAUGGUCUUCGUACAUCGUCCCUUAUUUGGAGAGUACUCUACAGUAUUAAAGACAAUAAUACUUUUAGUUUACGUAAUCAUGCGAAUCUAGAAAAUGGGCAACACGGUUGGUCUGACUUUAAAAACGGAGCAGAGCGUAAAGAACACGAAAAGAAGAUCCCGGAAAGCAGAGAAAGCGAAACAAGUAAAAGCACAAUAAGAAUAGAAAGAAAUGACGAUCUUAGAAGAAAACAUGCUAGACAUCCUAAGCCUCGAUAUGCACAAACAGCAAGACACCGUAGAAACCUCGAAAAUUUAGAUUUUUAUCAAGAUUUUCGUGCUACAAAUAUAAGAAGUGACGUAUUAAAUUGGGAAAGAGAAAACACUGAUGAUGUUAUUGGGGAGAACAUCUUCAUUCCAGAACCUAAAUCAGAAAAGGAUGAAUCAUUUAAACAUGAACCUACAAACCCACCAAUCGAUGAAUUACCUAAACCAAGUCCACGAUAUGGUCACGCUGCUUGUAGAUAUGAUGGUGGUUUUGUUAUAUAUGGUGGAAAAGUACAAGAUGGUUCAUUGUCGAAUGAACUAUGGCAUUACAAUGUUAAUACACGAUCGUGGACAUUACGAGCUAAAAAUUCCCCAUUUUAUCCACCGCAGUUGACGAGACAUACUCUCACUUUAGCAAACGAUUAUAUUUAUCUUUUUGGUGGUAGCACAGUCGAUGGUGAAUUUUCAUCGAGCCUAUAUAAGAUUAAAUUGAAUUUAUCCGAUCCUACAGCAAGUACAGAAAGGUGGAAAGAAGUACAUCCUCGGGGAGGAAAAGAAUUAGACGUACGUGUAGUAGCACAUUCAACUGUAUACCAUCGUGCUACAAAUUCCUUGCUAGUUUAUGGGGGAGUAGUAGCUAGCGUAGCACGAUUUAGUAAAUUGUCAGAUAGAAUGUUUGUAUUUCAACUUGACCGAAAAGUUUGGUCCGAAAUUCAUUAUCCGAGAGCGCAUUUAAGGGAUACGUACGUGCCGAGAGAACGGGCAUUUCAUACUUGUAAUAUUAUAGGAAAUUAUUUAGUCGUAUUUGGUGGAUAUUCUCAUAGACAUAACAAAGAAGAAAUUUGUUACGAUAAUCAAAUGUAUCUUUACCACUUAGGCUGUCAUGUUUGGGUAAAUCAUGAUGUAUUAGGUUUAAAUGACAAAGAUUCCCGGUAUCCAAAGCAGCAAGGAGUAUUUGCACACGCAGCAGAUGUACGAAAUGGAAAUACUUUGUUGUUAGUUGGCGGGUAUCAUGGAAAUGUAAAUGCAGAUUUACUCGCAUAUACAUUGCCACCAAUGCUUGCACCGGGAGACGAAGAUUAUGUAGAACCGGAACAAAUUUGUUCGAAACAUAAAAGUUUGAUGGAAUGUUCAGCUAAUCCGGAAUGUGGUUGGUGUUCAGCAGAUGAGAUAUGUUAUGGUAGAACGAUUGGCAGUAACUGUACAACUAAUCUUCAAACGACUCGUUGUCCCGGCGUUUGUCCGGCACUCGGGGACUGCCAUUCAUGUUUGAUACACGGUCAACCUGGUGGUGGAUGGGGAACAACUUCUCGUGGCAAGAAAUCUGUAUCAAAUAAGUUGAAUCUUGGAACUUGUACUUGGUGUGUCCAAAAUGCACGUUGUCACCACAAAGAUGAUAAUUAUGGAGUUUGUGGCCUGCGAGAUGAUACGCCGUUACAAAUACCAGGAUGGUGGGGUUCAAAAGGCACGGAAAUUAUCAAAGUUGAAGAAUGUCGAGAAAUGGAUAAAAGACCAGGAUUAACAUUUUUAAAAUAUAAGCCACCAGUAAAUUUUAGUCAACCCGAUUCGGUAACAAUAGUCAACGCUACUACAGUGGAUUUUAAUGUUCCAUCUAUGCAAGGGGCAAAAACUGAAUCUGCCCUGGGUGGAGAAAUGAUAGCUAGAUUAAUCGGGUUCCUCAGACCACCUCAGUACUUUUGGGAUAGUACUGUGGAACAUUUAAAAAUUUGUGUCAGUUAUAACAGUGCAACCCUGCACGUAUCAAGGAGUGAUGACCCUCAAGAAUUGGAGUUAGUUGCGAAUUUAACUGCAGAGACGUCGCAGUGUAUUCCAACGAAGUGGCCCGACGGGCACCAAAUGAUGCUAUUACCGGGUCGAUAUUUGUUAGACUUUGAGUCCAAGAGGAUGGUUACCACAAGCUACGCGUACGCCAGUAAAAUGGAAAUUACUCACAACAAGAAAACCGAGAAUCCAAAAGUCUUUACAUUUGAAUAUCUUGAACCAUAUCAAAAUGGAUCGUGCCAUCAAUACAAAAAUUGCCUUCAUUGUUUAACUGAUUCUUCAUGUGGUUGGUGUGACAUUAUUAACAAAUGUCUUUCGCGUUCCAUCAAUGAAACAGAAAGUUGUGCAGCCGACAUGGAAUGGGAUGAAGAUGGCAAUCCAAUUCGUGAAUGGCAUUAUUUAACCAUCACUCCUUCAACUUGUGCUAAUUGUUCCAAUUAUAUAUCGUGCGAAUCAUGUGUUGGUAGCAAUUUAUGCGAAUGGUGGACGGAAGAAGCUCGUUGUGCUCGAAUAGGCAGACUACCUAAUGCAGUCGUUAGUCUUGAUCAGUGUCCAAUCCCAUGUAGACAACGUUCAAAUUGCACGCAGUGUUUGGACGAACGUGGAAGAUGUGUUUGGUGUGAAGCCACACAGGAGUGUUUCUCUUUCUCGGUAUACACAUCUGAGUACCAGUUUGGUUUAUGCCGGGAAUGGAUGGAUCAAGCCGGUCUUAUGGGAGUGACAUCGAGGUCUGGGUCAUCUUUAACAGGCAACGAUCAGUGCAAAAGCUGCAGUCGACACACGAAUUGUUCUAGUUGCUUACAUUCGUUGAGCUGCGGUUGGUGUUACAGUUUAGAAAAUCCGAUCAUGGGGGCAUGCGUACAGGGAGACUUCAAUCAACCACACGUCAAUUGUAGCUUAGUCAUUAACGAAUAUCAAAAUACUACUUUAGAGUCUGACGAAUCUGGUUGGGCCUAUGCUCAAUGUCCAGACGUCGACGAAUGUGAUCUAGGGCUACACGAUUGUCAUCCCAAUGCAGUGUGCACUAAUACUCAUGGUAGUUUCAGUUGUCAAUGUAAAAGAGGUUUCAACGGCGACGGCAAGGAGAAUUGCACAAAAACUUGUUACGAAAAAUGUGUCAACGGUUACUGCAGCGAAGCUCCUGAUUAUAAAUGCGAAUGUUACCUUGGGUGGACAGGUCCAGAUUGCAGAACAAAUUGUGGAUGUUACAAUCAUUCCACUUGCGUACAAGGGCCAGGUAUUUGCGACGAAUGCCAAGAUUGGACUACUGGUAGAUACUGUGCAGAAUGUAAAGCUGGUAGUUAUGGUAAUGCUACAACACCGCUGGGUUGCAAAAAGUGUAACUGCAAUGAACACGGAGACAAAGAUCUGGGAAUUUGUGACCGUCAAACUGGCGUAUGCUUCUGUCGAGAUAAUACUCAAGGGGAUAUGUGUCAACGUUGCAAAAAGGGCUAUUACGGUGAUCCAAGAGACGGCGGAAUGUGUUAUUAUGGUUGUAUGUCACGGGGUAUGCUUGGAGGUGAAGGAGCUGGUAAACAAGGUCUUGGUAGCAGACACUCACAGUUAUCCUUAUGGGAAAGUCAUUUUGGAGAUUCACCAACUAGAGAAUGUCUUUGGAUAGUUAGUCCAAAAACGGAUCUUUCGUCUGACACUAUGCUUUCAGGAACGCAGAGUGUGAUACAGUUCACUAUACACAGCGAUAUCAAUGUUAGCUGUCAGGAGAACAGCGUUUAUGUGUACGAUGGACUUCCUGAAUUUGUUUCAUCGUCAACCAGUCAUCAGAGCCAACUUCUCGGAGUUUAUUGUACAGAAAGCACAGACUACCCUGUAACCGUGGAAGCUAAAUCUGGCUUCCUUACCGUCCAUUACAAGCAGCUAGACGAAGUGGAGGGGUUUAACGCAAGUUACUUGAUAAUGACUUGCAAUAAUUGUCCUGGCAAUCGGGAAUGUCGUAACGGAAACUGUUUAUGUAAAACCGGUUUUGUAGGAAUCAAUUGCGACAUCGAAAUAUGCCCUAACAAUUGCACAUCGUCUAAGAAACAAGGAGUUUGCGAUAAAGGCUAUGGACGUUGUGUUUGCACAGCUGGUUUCGGAGGACGCGACUGCUCGAUUAAGAUUAAGGAACAUCAGUUAAUAUUCACUGAAUUAUUUAACUCUGAAUACUUAGCCGAUCACUUGGAUCAUCUUCGAAAAACUCUGCCGCGAUUUGGUCACACGUUGGUAGCCGACAGAAGGGGUAGUCUAUGGAUGUUCGGAGGAUAUUCUCUUAGUCAUGGUCCUCUAAAUGAUAUCAGGCUAUUCGAUACCAAAAAUAACACGUGGAUGCCAAUUACCGUGGAAUCCACUUCAGAAGCUUCUAUGCCUCAAGGUAGAUAUUUCCAUGCAGCCGAGAUUGUCCACAGUAGACAACAGAUAUAUGUUUAUGGUGGAUUGUCCAUGAAAGAAGAAGACAUUCAAGGAUUGUCGAACAACACUCUGAGCGAUUUCUGGAAGUUUAGUUUGCAAAAUCAGAGAUGGAUGCAAAUUAUGCAGGAUGAGUCGAAGAAGGAACCGCCACCAUUAGCUGGGCAUACGUUAACUUUGCGUAGAAGUGGAGAAUCGGAAAGUCUGAUAUUGAUUGGAGGAUUCAGUCCUAAGUAUGGGUAUCUUGACACGGUAUGGGAAUUCAAUUUGGAGACGGAAACUUGGGAUACAAUAAAUACAAUUGGGAAUGGACCAUUAGGUGUUUAUGGGCAUUCGACCGUAUACCAUAGCAAGUCAGAUAGCUUUUAUAUUUUUGGCGGAUACACUUACGCGAUAAACCGAACAUUUAUUUCUAAUAAAUUAUACGCAUUAAAUUAUAAAACUCGGACAUGGUCUGCGCUUCCACCGUUUGACGAUGAUCUUACCGAUGGAAAUAGUUUGCCACAAGCUAGAUUUCUUCAUUCUGCAGUUACCACCGAUGAGUACAUGGUAAUAUUUGGUGGUCGUCAGAAUCCACAUAAUACUUCUGACUCGUUGAUCGCGUAUAAAUAUUCUUGUAAUUUGUGGAUUCGUUUAAUAACAAAAGAUAUGGAAGUUAUUGGGAGUCCACCGCCGCCUGCAUAUGCUCAUGCAAUGACUCAUGCUGAUCCAGAAUCUAACGCUGUGUACGUUGUCGGUGGUUUUGAUGGUGGAAUCAAAAGUCACGUCACUCUAAUAAGCAUUCCUGAAGAUCUAUGUAAUCUUUGGACAGAUAAAAUAACUUGCAGAAAGUAUUUUGGAUGCUCUUUCUGCUCUGUUAUCACAAUCAGUGGGACUAAUGCUUCUUUCUGUUUUUCUAAUGAAGUAUCAGUUAACAAAGAUGAUAGAUGCGAUAUUAAUGUUACCCAAGCUCAACGGUCGAAUGGGAUAUUUUGUAAUUCAGAAUGGAUGGCUAGCAGGAAAUGUCAAAAUUUUAAAACUUGCACAGAAUGUUUAGCAGAAUGGCCGUAUUAUAAAAAUGAGGAACCAGUAUGUAAAUGGUGCACAAACUGUCCCAAUGGAAAGUGUAUACCAUCUGAAAAAGUUUGUGAUGAAUUAAAUAAAUGCAGCAUCAGACAGAUAUCUAUGACAGAUGUAAAUCAGUGCGGUGAACGACAGUGUCCAGCAAGUGAUUGUGAGAAGUGUAAUAGUCUUGAAGGUUGCGUAUGGACAAGACAGGUUUUAAAAACAUCUGCAUUAGGAUUGGCAGUAACGGGCGAACCGGUAUACGAUUGGAAUUGUGUACCAGAUUACAUUUUCGAGAGGUCAAGCAUUAAAAUGGGAAGUACGCAAUGCGAAAAACGAUGUGCGGAUCACAAAGAUUGCAGAAGCUGUUUAAAGGGUACAGGGGCGGAAGGUGGUUGGCGAGAAUGUAGAUGGUCGACUCAACUUAAUGAAUGCAUUUCUCCAUCAUAUCAACCUCUCUACUGUGCUGGAGGCGUAUGCGGUUUGGUGUUGCGCAGUUCGGAUAUGGAUCAUUGUCCCGAACCGUGUUCUGUUUUUAAACAAUGUAGCACGUGUUUAAAACAUUCACACUGUGGAUGGUGUUCUUUAGAUUCAGCUAAUAUAACUGGUCAAGGAAUAUGUACAGAAGGUUCACUUGAAGCACCUACAGAUCAUCCAGCUGGUGGCACAUGUGAAAUGUUAUAUUACCAACAAUUCCCUCAAACCGAACCACCAUUCAUAACUACAAUAUUCCCAUACUAUUUGGCGGAACCAGACAAUGUCACAAUGUUAAUUCCUCAUGCAUCUCCAAAACCGGUAUUUUCUUGGCAUUAUGUACGGUGUCCUCCAGAAGACGAAUGCACUAAUGGGCACCAUACAUGUUCUCCAAAAAGUGAAAAGUGUUUCAAUUUGGAAGAAGGAUUUGAAUGCAUGUGUGGUGACGGUUAUAAAACUGAAACUCCGUCGUCGUUUAAUGAAUUUGGAAGAAAAAUUUGUGUACCAAUGUGUACACAAGGUUGCGUUAGAGGAACUUGCGUAGAACCAAAUGUUUGUCGUUGCGACUUCGGUUACGUAGGUGCUAAUUGUUCCAUUCAGUGCCAAUGUAAUGGUCACAGUAAUUGUGCGGGCCCAGACAAAUUAGACGUCUGUUUGAAGUGUCAUAAUAACACGAUGGGACCACAAUGCGACAAGUGUUUGCCAUUAUUUGUUGGAAAUCCAGCUGAUAAUGGACAAUGCGUACCAUGCCUCGAGUAUUGUAAUGGGCAUACGCGAAUUUGCAUUAACGAAAGCAUGACUGUACCGGAUCCAAAUUCCAUUGACAAAAUGUCUAUAGAACUUUUGAAGAAGCAAUUGGUCGAAGGUCCGGUAGCCAAAGCAAAAUGUGUCAAUUGUGGUAAUAAUACAAAAGGUGAUAAAUGUGGUGAAUGCAUGACCGGUUAUUUUAGAGGAACGGAAGAUCCUCGUGCUGUCUGUCGACCCUGUGAAUGUCAUGGGCAUGGAUUCACUUGCGACCCUGUAACCGGUGAAAAGUGUAAUUGUGGUAAUAAUACAGAAAGUGAACCAGCCUGUGCUAGCGGUCCUAUGAAAGGUUCAAAUACAGGCGGUCCACCAUGCUGGAUGGUACAAUGCAGCAAGUGUAAAGAAAACUAUGCUGGAACGCCAACAAUGGGACAUCAGUGUUACAAAACAGUGACUGCCGAUAACAAAAUGUGUUUUGACUCUAAGUUAAUAGAUGAGUGUAAAAUGAAGCCAAAACCAUUGAAUCCCGGCCAAACGGUGUUUUAUAUGAUACAACCUCGUUUCAUGAACGUAGAUAUUAGAGUUAUGGUAGAUGUAACUCAAGGAGCUCUAGAUCUAUUUCUCAGCCCUCGUGAUGAUUCUUUCGUUGUUUCUUUAAACUCAACAACAGGUUAUCAAGAUGUUGAAUUGGACCGCAGAUUUGUGUGGCAUAAAGACUCUCACAGUACGUGGUUGGACGAACAUACACGUAGCCGAAUGAGAAUCGUCGAAUUCCAUCCGCGAAAUACAUUAUUCGCACCCAAUGCUACCACUACAGAGCCAACCUGGAACACUGGUCCUCAAUACAUCGUGAUGGAAUGCUACGCAGAAGGUUUGGCUACUUUUUUAACAAUCGAGAACAGAAACACGUUCUUGGUCGUAAGGAACCUCACAAAUCGUUUGGUGUUAACUUUACCGCAAGAUAAACACGAACUUCAUCAAACGAAGUUCCAUAUUGCGUUGAGAGCAAUUGAUCCCAUUUACCCGGAGACGAGUGCACGAGCCGCGUACGGGAUGAUCUUUUUCCGACAGGAUCAACUUCAUAUCGACCUUUUUGUCUUUUUCUCCGUGUUCUUCUCCUGUUUCUUUUUAUUCUUAGCCGCCUGCGUAGUUGCUUGGAAAACGAAACAAGCCGCCGAUGUACGUAGAGCACGUAGAAGACACGUUGUUGAGAUGUUACAUAUGGCUAAGAGACCUUUCGCUUCGGCUACCAUCAUUUACGAUCGUGAUGGUAACGACUGUAGUCCAAGUUCACCUCAGCGGAAAAGUAGACGUAAUAAAUUAGUUAACUUUCACAGUGAUGUGAAACCGGUGGCGGUUGAGCCUACUGAUGACGGCGUUGCAGCUGUAGCCACAGUCUUUAUCAGGUUACCAGGUGGUAGACAGGCUCCUGUUAAAUUGGCACUUGGCAGCUCGUUGAUACUGUUGACCAGAGUGUAUCCGGUCAACAGUAGGGUGUUCCUAAGGCGUAGAAACAGUCACGCGUUAAACUGAGCUUCUUUCUGUAAAAACAUCUUUCUGCUAUCUUUAAGUCUGCUUAAGCUCUCGGAAGAAAAAAAUGUAGUGGUCAUUUUUUAUUUUUGCUAAUCGUUCUUCAUUGAUCUCAAACUUCUGUUUUAAUGAUCGAUCUGUUUAUAUUAUCUGCAUCACUGUGCAUAUUAAAGCAUUUCCUACGAACAGCGUACGUCAUUAAAUUUUUGUAUAAAUUUAAAUCCGUGAUUUUAAUCGUAAAAUUUUAACGAAUGAUAUUAUUUACUAUACGUGUACGUCAUCGUCGACAUUGUUCAAUGUUCGCCAGUAAUAUGAACUUUUUAGUAUAAUGGUUGUAUUAUAGUCGCAAAGAAACAAUUGUAAGGGUAUUUAAACUAAGUAAUAAUUAUUGUAUGUAUACAUAUAGUGUCAUACCAUUCCAUGACGAGACUGUAUGUUUGUACAUAAGGAUCUGUAAUUAUGUAUUAAUUCGUAAUUUACACACUUUUGUAGAACCAUUUUAUGUAACAGGACAUGGUUUUGUGUCUUGGAACAUUUAUAGCUACUUUCAGCGGAAAGUGAAUUAUUUUAUUGAGUCGUCUUAAAAAAAAAUUUAUAGAAUCAUGUAUUGAGAGAUACGAACAAAGAAAAAUGUGAAGGCAACUGCAAGUAUUAUUUCUUGUUAGCAAGAUAUUUGUUCAUAAUAUUCUUUGUGACUUCUUCAGAAAGUACAUUUAAACUCUCGCAAGUGAUACAACAGUAAACAAAUUCUUUUUAUAUUUCAAAGUUGCUUGCAGAAAAAUUGUAUAAUAUUGCAGUAUUGUAACUUUGCAACAUUGUAUGUGAAAUUUUUUAUUGGCCAAAUGCAAGAAUAUUUUAGAGACAACUAAUUUUAUUGUCAUAAGGUAUUAAAGCAUCAGUCGUUGAACAAAUUGUAAAGCUUAAAGUGAUAAUAUUGCAAUGAAGAUUUCUUUGCGAUUACUUUUAAUAUAAUGAAAAUUGCAAUAAUAAUCGCAUGCCAAUCAACGCAACUGGCAGAUAGGGUGAUUUUCAAAUACGGUGUGUAUGCGUAAACAUAUGGUCAUGUGUGACUUAGUCUUUUCUUAACUAAGGAGAAAUGUAAGAAAAGUGUGUCAUGCUACAUUAAGCUUUUCGUCUUAAGGAAGAGAAGGAUACGUUGCAUCUGACCGUAUAUGUAUGUAUGUAUGCUGUUAGAAGUAUCAUAAGCGCUGCCAUUUGAAAACAAGUUGUGUCCGGAUCAUUUGAAAAUUAACAGUAUUAGAAGAGUUGGUUAGAAAGAAGCUCGAUAAUGUGUGAGUCGAAAAGGUUCCUAUACCAAAACAACAAAAAAAAAAGAACUGAUGAGGAAUAAGGAGCGCCGUAGCAUUAAUGAUAUCUAUAUUAUUUAUAUCAAGAAACAAUAAGGAUGUAAAGGAUUUUAAUUAGAGCAAAUUGUAAAUACAGAAGAUGCACAUUGCAGAUAUUUAUCGACACCGUAUAAUAACUUCUAAUUGUAAAAUAAUAUAUUAAUAGCAUGAUCAUCAAUAUCGCCUCGAAUUUGAUGGAAUAGAAAAGAAAAUGUGUCCUUUAUCAAAGAUGAUGAGCCAAGGUUACGUAUUAAUCAAAACGUAUAGAUAAAAUAGGAUUUUGUCAUAAUGAUAUUAUAAUAACGCGUACUAAUUAAGAAUUGUAAUAAGCGAACUAAUCGAGAAAGUGAGCCAUGUAGCGACAUAAAUGUAAAUAUCAUGGAGGCGUUUACUUUUUUUCUUUUUUUUGCUGAACUGUUACGCGAUAUCAAACGAGUUUUAAUAUAUAUUCUGUACAGAGUGUUUCUUGGGAUAGUUGUUAUCACAGUUCGAAUAUUUCUCACUGUAUUUCUAGAAGAAGCUCUCAAAGCUUUAUAUUGUAUAGUCUUAUCAAAUUUUUCUUACAUAAUUAAUUCUUAUCGAUGUUACAUCUGUAAGUCACUAUCGGGGUGAAAUUUUAAUGCAUUUAUUUUUGAUAAAAUAAUAUAGAAUCAAUAAUAUUUUCUGCAGAUACAGUGUGAAAUUUUUAAGCUGUUUUUGGGAGCACCUACGUGUGUGACAUUUAUAUGUUAGAAAAAAAAAUGCACGGUUGUUCCUUGAUGGGGAACGUGGUACACUGAGCAAUUGUUAAGUUCGCACGUAUAAGAAUGCAACAUGUCCUAUCUGUUGAAUUUCGAAAUUUAUUUUCUUCUUCAUGGGUCUUGUCAUUACGUUCGUAUCAUAUAAUGUUCUGUUACCUAUUCACAGGUAAUCGUUUACCUUCAUGCGACCAACUAUCCUAACUCUUCAUCAGCGAAAUUUGCGCAAAAGUCUGUAAGCAUAUGUAUAAGAUAUAAAUUAACGUAUAUGUACAUUUAUAUAGAUCUACAUGAAUAGAUAUAUAUAUACGUGAAUAUAUGUAUAUUACACAAUUUAUAUAUAUUACACGAUGAAUGUAUAAUUCUCGGUUGUACAGAUCUGAGCGUUAUCUCCAAAAUGUUCUAUUUUAUAUAUAAUUAUUACAUUGCAUUCAAUGUAAGCGAUAUCUUCCAAUGCCGGCAUUGCAUCGCGUUGAUAAAAACGUUUGUAACAUUAUGAGACACCGUCGUUUAUAAAAUAUAAAGAAAAGGUUGUGAAGUCCGGGUACUGGUAUCCCUAUGAGGGUUUUACCGGUUUCUCAUGGAUUUAUUUGUAUUAUGGGGAGGAAUAUCAGGUUGUGCUAAUGAAAAAUAAUGAAUUGUAUUGAGACAGCUUUAAUAAACAUGUGUAAAAUUGGGUUUCA